AUCUGCAGUGUCCAUUAGGGCUUUGCCCCAUCAGAAGUGGGUUGAAUCAGUUCCUGGUGUUGAAACUGUGGUGUAGCUUCCGAUUGCACAACAAAGUCAGUGUGCAUUAGUUUCGGGGCGCGGAAUCUGUCUUGGAGGAAUGCUGUGGGUGGAUGAUCCACGGAGUUGUUGUUAGUCGACGGUGCGCAGCAUGGGGCGAAAUAUGAUCGUGGUCGAGUUGUUGCCUGAUUCAGAGAUUCCAGUUGGGUAUUCGAGGAGAAAGCAUGGUUUAAUCAACAAGGCUAAGGAGCUGGGUGUUCUGUGCGGCAACCAAGUGGUCCUGAUCGUGUUCAACCCCGAUGGUUCCGAUGUAGAAGAGGUGGCGACGAACGGGAAUGUCAUGGAUAUCUUGCAGAGGUUUGUGGACUUCAGAGAAUACCAUCUCCAACAUGUUCACUCUGUGCAAGUUUCAAGUACCGGGGCGCCUAAGGACCACCCCCAGGCUCCACCCAAUUCGACCGUAAACCCGCUCACGGUGCAGCCUACGGGAACUUCGUCGAGCGCACAAGGUUUGAAUCCCGCUGUGCGAUCCACGGCUUCGACAUCGAACACUUAAGUUGUGUGGCGCGGUCCGAGGCCUCACACACAGAUUGCGACAUUCCCACGCCAUAUUAGAUACUACCGCGGAUUCAAUGGUCAGCGGCGGAGGGUGCAGCUUGUACCGAGAUGUCCUCCAGUUUAAUGAGAGUGGGGUGGAUGCAACGAAUCCCACGACUAGCGACCAGGACUGCUGCCUCGUAAGGGACUCCCUGCAGCGCAAUGCACACAAUCUGGGUGGGGGAUGGAUGCAGCGAAAACUAAAGUCAGUAGCCGAGAUCGCAACCUGGAGUGGGACAUCCUGCAGCCCAAUGCGCGUGGGAUGGAUGCAGCGAAAUCCAUGAGUAGCAACCGAGACCUAUGCCUCGUGUGGGACUCCCUGCAGCGCAAUGCGCUGAACUUGGGUGGAGGAAUCUCACUGAGGAAGAUCUUAUGUAUUUCGGGGGACUACAUUUAAUGCCUCAGUCGUAGCAGAACAGUAUCCUCUUUCGUUCACAUCCUUAAGCUUUGACAUUGAGCAAACUUGUUUUAGAUGACCUUCGAAUAUAAUAUCUUCUUAUACAAGGCUUUUAAUAUCCAGUUGCACGUUUAAUUAUUUUGGCUUCAAUAAACACGCACCAAAUUGUUCAUAAUCAUUUUAUGGUUUUGAUGAUUUUGCAUGUAAUCUAAUGAAGAUUUCAAGCUUGUGUCUCAAAUCAAGAAAGUGCCCCAGACAGAGCACACAGGACGGAGCCAGUCUCGAGAUUCAAAGCUUUCAUUCCAGACUCGUUAAAAUUGUUUUACAAAUGGAUAGGGUGCAGCUUUAAAGCCACCUGAGUUCCACGUCA